UUCCGGGCGGAAGUGAGGCGCAGAGCGGAACGGCCUCUGGUGACAUUUUCUUGGGGCGGCGCGGACGACUGAAGGGACUUGGUAGUGGAGGCUCCAGAGGCGGCGAGGUUCACUUUAGUCCUGGCAAGUGCCGUGGCCGCGACUCUCUGCUUGCUACUGGGGUUUGUGCCGAGGAGGAGAAGGCGGCAGUGGCCUUAGCGUCCCAAGUCACCGCGGCCGGGAAAGUCCCGGCCGUGGGGUCGGUGCGUGCCCCGACGGGGCGCGCGGAGCGGGUGAGGUGCGGACUCUCAGCGGAGCACAGGUUGCUUUCCUGUUGCUUCUUUGAUAUCGUUUCCUAGACCCUGCUCCAUGAUCUAACUCAAAAUUUUGAAAUGAAGAUGGAGGAGGCAGUAGGAAAAGUCGAAGAACUCAUUGAGUCCGAAGUCCCACCAAAAACAUCUGAACAAGAGACAGCCAAGGAGGAAGAUGGCUCUGUAGAGCUGGAAUCUCAAGUUCAGAAAGAUGGUGUUGCAGAUUCUACCGUUCUUUCUUCAAUGCCCUGCUUGUUGAUGGAACUGAGAAGGGACUCUUCUGAGUCUCAGUUAGCAUCCACAGAGAGUGAUAAGCCGACAACUGGCCGAGUUUAUGAGAGUGACUCCUCUAAUCACUGCUUGCUUUCCCCUUCCUCUAGUGGUCACCUGGCUGAUUCAGAUACAUUGUCUUCUGCAGAAGAGAAUGAACCCUCUCAGGCAGAAACAGCUGUAGAAGGAGACCCUGCAGGAGUGUCUGGUGCCACAGUUGGUCGCAAAUCUAGGCGGUCCCGAUCUGAAAGUGAAACAUCAACUAUGGCUGCCAAGAAAAACCGGCAAUCUAGUGAUAAACAGAAUGGCCGUGUUGUCAAGGUCAAAGGUCAUCGGAGCCAAAAGCACAAGGAGAGGAUCAGACUACUGAGGCAGAAACGGGAGGCUGCUGCGAGGAAGAAAUACAACCUGCUGCAGGACAGUAGUACCAGUGAUAGUGACCUGACUUGUGACUCAAGCACAAGCUCAUCAGAUGAUGAUGAAGAGGUUUCAGGGAGCAGCAAGACAAUCACUGCAGAGAUACCAGAUGGACCUCCAGUUGUAGCUCAUUAUGAUAUGUCUGACACCAGCUCUGACCCAGAAGUGGUAAAUGUGGACAAUUUAUUGGCGGCUGCAGUAGUUCAAGAGCACAGUAAUUCUGUAGGCGGCCAGGACACAGGAGCUACCUGGAGGACCAGCGGGCUUCUAGAGGAGCAGGAUGCGGAGGCAGGUCACUUGGAUCCAGGAUUCCUAGCAAGUGACAAAACAUCUGCUGGCAAUGUACCACUUAAUGAAGAAAUUAAUAUCGCCUCUUCGGACAGUGAAGUAGAGAUUGUAGGAGUUCAGGAGCAUGCAAGGUGUGUUCAUCCUCGAGGAGGUGUGAUUCAAAGCGUUUCUUCAUGGAAGCAUGGCCCGGGCACGCAGUAUGUUAGCACCCGGCAAACACAGUCAUGGACUGCUGUGACUCCCCAGCAAACGUGGGCUUCACCAGCAGAAGUUGUUGACCUUACCUUGGAUGAGGAUAGCAGACGUAAAUACCUACUGUAAUACAAUGUCACUGUGUUUCCUCUGCACUGUUCCCUUCUACUUCCUCUCCUAUUUGUGACAUGGAAGUUCAUUGUCAUAGCUUCAGCUUCAGAAGCUGUUUGUGGCAUUUGUAGAAUUGAAACUCAUGGAAAAUCCCCCCCUACACCUCCCCCCGCCCCCUUAAUUAAAAGAAGUCACUUAGGAACAUAA